AUCGUGUAUCUCUCAGAGGAGACUUUCAGUAUGUAUAAAAAGUCUAUGGAUUCACUCGCAGAUCGUAGGUCAUUGUUUAAGCAGUCAGAAGACAGCUUUAAGAGAAGCGGGGAUAAAACUAGUCCAAUAAGUGUAAUACUGGUUAGUUCAGGUAGCCGAGGCAACAAACUGCUCUUCCGAUAUCCAUUCCAAAAAGUGUGUGAGAACACGUCUUCAGCAGCGACCAAACAGCAGAGUCCAUACGCGUUGAAUUCCAAUGCUGAUGCCGUAGAGGAUCAAGAUGGGGACUCGAGAGAGCAAACUCCACUAACUGAUGAACAGUUGGUAGCAGGGUUUUCUGAUAUUAUUCUUGCCACCAUCUUGGCUACCAAGUCUGAUAUGUGCGGCAAGAAGUUUGAGCUGAAGAUUGACAACGUGCGUUUUGUUGGGCACCCAACUCUCCUGCAGCUCCCUCACACCAUUCAGGUUUCUAAAACAGACCCUUCACCAAAGAGAGAGAUGCCCACCAUGAUCCUGUUUAGUGUUGUGUUUGCAUUGAGGGCCAACGCAGACCCUUCAGUCAUCAGCUGCAUGCAUAACCUGUCCCGUCGCAUAGCCAUAGCCCUGCAGCACGAGGAGCGCCGCUGUCAGUACCUGACCCGCGAGGCCAAGCUCAUGUUGGCUGUUCAGGACGAAGUCACGACCAUGACGGAGACUGACGGGAGCCCUCAGUCCCCUUUUCGACAGAUCCUGCCCAAAUGUAAAUUAGCCAGAGACCUGAAGCAGGCCUAUGACAGCCUGUGCACAACAGGAGUGGUGAGACUCCACAUAAACAGCUGGUUAGAGGUGAGCUUCUGUCUGCCCCAUAAGAUCCACCGUGUUGGGGGGAAUCAUAUCCUACCAGAGGCGUUAGAGCACAGCCUAAAGGCCAUUCGGCCGUAUCAUGCUCUCUUGCUGCUGGACAGUGAGAAAGCCCUUCUGGGGCAGCUCCCACUGGACUGCUCCCCUGCUCUGGUUCGUCUCAUUAAAACCUGCUCGGCUGUGAAAAACCUCCAGCAGCUGGCACAGGACGCAGACUUGGCCCUGCUACAGGUCUUUCAGAUUGCUGCUCAUCUGGUCUACUGGGGAAAAGCCAUCAUCGUUUACCCUCUCUGUGAGAAUAAUGUUUACAUGCUGUCUCCACACGCCAACAUUGGCAUGUAUUCACCCCUGGCCGAACAGUUUACGCAGCAGUUUCCUGGUCAUGACCUGCCGUCUAUGCUGGCCAAGUUCUCCCUCCCCGUUUCCCUGUCUGAGUUCCGGAAUCCUCUGGAUGCUCCCGUGCAUGAGGCUCAGCUCAUACAGAUGGUAGUGUGGAUGCUACAGCACAGGCUGUUGAUUCAGCUGCACACCUACGUGUGCCUGCUUGUUCCGCCCAGCGAGGAGGAUCCGGGAGCCAAGGAGGAGGAGCUUCCCCUGGCCGCUCGCGUCGGAGGCCGUAGUCUCAGCACGCCCAGCGCCCUCAGCUUCGGCUCUCCCACCAGCAGCGAUGACAUGACCCUGACCAGUCCCAGUAUGGAUAACUCCAGUGCGGAGCUGUUGCCUGGUGGAGACUCCCCGCUCAAUAAGAGGGUGACGGAGACCCUCCUGGCCAGCCUGACGGAGCACGAGAGACAGGUGAUCCUGAGCAUCCCCGCUGCACAGAAUCCCGAAGACCUGCGCAUGUUUGCCAGACUGCUGCAUUAUUUCAGAGGCCACCACCACCUGGAAGAGAUCAUGUACAAUGAAAAUAUGCGUCGCUCUCAGUUAAAGACCCUCUUUGACAAGUUCCGGAGUGUUCUGGUGGUGACCAAUCAUGAGGACCCCAUCAUCUCUCUCUUCCAAUCCCCUAUGGACUAACGCGACAUUGGGCAAAUGUCAUCCAUCUGUCCCAGACAGAACUGAAGCUGGUUUAACACUGUACUCUGUUUGCAACGCAAAAUGUAAUCGUUGUCCAAGUGCCUGCAGGAUCCUUUGCGGUUUGCCUAACAUUGUUCCGAAGUUAUGAUACUGUUUCAUUAGAAACAUAAUCUACUGUAUAUACAUUUUGU